AUGGCCACGCAGCAACCGGCGGUCCCCAUCAUCGUGGGCGUGGGCGACGUGCGCAACAAGUCGUUCAAGGUGGAAGACGCCGUCGAGCCGGCACAGCUCAUGGUCAACGCUGUUCGUCGCGCCGUCGACGACAGCGGACUCGACCACGCCGCGCAGGAGUCUCUGCUGGCGCACGUCGACAGCUUGAGAGUCGUGCCAACCUGGACAUGGGCGUACAAUGACCUGCCCGCCGUCAUUUCCCAUCGACUCGGCAUCAAGCCCACGCGCCGCGUCCUCGGCGAGCACGGCGGCAAUCAGCCCGCCCUGCAAUGCGACGAGGCCGCCCGAGACAUUGCCGCCCGGAGGAGCCUCGUCUCCGUCUUGACGGGAGGAGAGGCGCUGGCAUCUCGCAAGUCUUUUCCGCUUGCUGCCUGCCAAAAAGCCGGAGAAAACCCCCCCAAGGGCUGGCUCGAGCCUGAUCCCAACGGGAAGCAGCUGGCAUCCCUGGACCUUUCCAUCCUCAAAGAGAGCUCCGGCACCUUGCACUCCAUGGGCCUGCCGAUCCAUGUGUACCCUCUGUACGAAAAUGGCCGCCGUGCGCACCGGGGACUGUCGGCAGCAGAGAGCGCCGCCGAGUCUGCCAAAAUGUAUGCCGAGUUUGACCGGAUCGGCUCCGAGAAUGUGUACUCGUGGAACUACCAGCAGCCUCCCAAGACGGCCGAGCAAAUCGGCCUCGUGUCCAAGAAGAACAGGAUGAUUUGCGAUCCGUAUCCCCUGCUGAUGAAUGCCUUCAACGGCGUCAAUUUGUCCGCGGCCUGCAUCCUCACCUCGACGGAACACGCAAAGAAGCUUGGUAUUCCCCAAGACAGGUGGAUUUAUGUCUUGGGCGGCGCGGGCACGCACGAAAAGGACAAUUUUUGGGAACGGCGGCAUCUGCACCACAGCGAAGCCAUCACAAAGUCCAUCGAUGCCGCGCUGCAUGUUUCGGGCCUCUCGGCGAGCGAUGUGGACUGCUACGACUUUUACUCGUGUUUUCCCAUUGUGCCCAAGCUUGCCUGCGACCACGUCGGCCUGUCGACCACGUCGUGGCAGAAGCCCAUCACGCUCCUAGGGGGCUUGACCUCGUUCGGCGGCGCCGGAAACAACUACUCCAUGCACGCCAUCACCGCCAUGGCCCGGGAACUACGGGCCAAGAGGCACAGCACUGGUCUCAUUCUCGCCAACGGCGGCAUGCUGACGCACCAGCAUGCCUUGUGCUUGUCGGCCCGGCCCAGGGGAGACGGGCAGGCGUAUCCGACGAGCAACCCGUUGCCGGAAGUUGUCGACGGAUACAGCCCGCCGUUUACUGAAGCAGCAGAGGGCACGGCCACGAUCGAGACUUAUACCAUCGAGUACAACCGGGAUGGCACGCCGGGACUAGGCCUCAUUGUCGGCAGACUACGAGGGACGGGCAGGCGGUUCCUCGCCAACCACGGCGACGAGCUAACCUUGUCUCAGCUGGCGACGACGGCUGCAGAACACGUGGGAAAGACGGGAAGCGUGCGGACGGGCGAGGACGGGCGGAACCUGUUCUUUCUCGAUGCCAAGACGAAGCUGUAG